GAAAACCCUCUGAAGACUCAGGUGCGUCUCACACUCAGCUGGAACACGGGGUUGAGACAUUGUUGUCCUCAAACGAGCUAAACUCUGAUUCUGUUGGACCACCAGGAACAACUUUCUUCGCAUCCCAAAAUAAUUAAGGAUGAAUUGAUCUUUAUGGAAACUUAUUGAUUGUUUUUUGUAUAACCCCCAAAGAGACAGGUCGUCUGAGCUUCCAGAGUCCUCUUCGCCACGAUGAGCUGGGCUGCGCUCUACUCUCAGCUGGGCGGCGUCAACAAACACUCCACCAGUCUGGGAAAGAUCUGGCUCUCCGUCCUUUUCAUCUUCCGCAUCACUAUCCUGGUCCUGGCAGCUGAGAGCGUCUGGGGGGACGAGCAGUCCGACUUCACGUGCAACACGCAGCAGCCUGGCUGCAAAAACGUCUGCUAUGACCACUUCUUCCCCGUGUCGCACAUCCGCCUGUGGUGCCUGCAGCUGAUCUUUGUGUCCACGCCGGCCCUGCUGGUGGCCAUGCACGUGGCCUACAGGAAUCGCGGGGAUAAGAGGGUGAUGCUGGCCUCCAACGGCAACGAGAAGAUGACAGAGAACGACCUGAAGACCCUGAAGGGGAGGCGUCUGCCAAUCACAGGCCCGCUGUGGUGGACCUACACGUGCAGCUUGUUCUUCCGCCUCAUCUUUGAAGGUGGCUUCAUGUAUGCGCUGUACUUCGUCUACGACGGCUUCCAGAUGCCCCGGCUGGUGAAGUGCGAGCAGUGGCCUUGCCCCAACAAGGUGGACUGCUUCAUCUCCAGGCCAACAGAGAAAACCGUCUUCACCAUAUUCAUGGUGUCCUCGUCGGCCAUCUGCAUGGUGCUGAACGUGGCCGAGCUGUGCUACCUCAUCGCCAAGGCCAUCAUCAGGUGCUCUGCCAGGUCAAGCAAGAGGCAGCUGUCUUACAGCCACGCGGACAGCGUGACGCGGGAUAAUGCCCACCUGCAGAACAAGAAGAACGAAAUGCUGUUGUCUUCCGUCACUGAUUCGACCAGCAACAAGAUGUGUUAGAAGAUAGCCACCAGUUGUUCCUAGAGAAGAUAGAAAAGCAUAAACUGUAAAGCCAACCACCUAUGAUGGUCUCAGUUUGUAGCAGAUUUUGGGAAUGUGUAAAUUCAAAUAACCACAACCAAGAUUCAUUUAGAUAGACAGUGUCUGUAUAGCUCUGGUGGCUGACCUUCUACACUCGUGUGAAGGCAAAUCCCUGUAGCUACCAUAUGCAUAUUUGCUCUAUAUUUUCCUACACGUGGCCUUAAAUCUGCCCCUAAAGGCAGUCAGGUGUUUUUUCCUUAGUCAACGCAUUCUCAUGAACAGGUUUGUAUGAUAUCGCACGACAACGUAUGCAAACCAAUUCAUGUGAAAUCCUGCGAAAGAAAGCAACAAAAAGGAAUUACGUGACAAGUUCAGCGGUCUUUCCAGGUCAAUUUAGCCGAAAAAGGGUUACUGUCAACAAGGUACCAGUCACCAUGAAGUGCUGGUAUUUUCAAGAGACGUUGCUGUUGAGUUUAGCUGACAAAAGUUGAUCAUCACCCCAUUAAUCACACCACCCCAUUAAUUAGUAUGACAAGCGUUUCCUGGGUUUAAAUCUUGUGUUUUCCCCUGACACAAAUUCUGUUCUGGUUGUGUUUUUUUUUUGUGUUUUAUAAGUGCCUUACUUUCAUAGCUAUAUGUUGGCUACAAAUGGUUCAUGAGGACAGCCUGUCUUUGUGCAAAAAAAAAACAAUCUAAAGUAUGGAUCAUUUUACAUCUGGUAGAAUUCCCAGUGAGUAGCCGAUUACUUAAAGAGUCUGUGAGUUUUUCUUUUCUUUUUUUAAAGUAGUGUUUUUGUAUCUGUGGAUCAUCCACAUGAUCCCAAGUGUUACCUUCCUUUCACACAGUGGAUGGUCAACAGCGUUUGAUGGAGGGAUUUCAUUUUUUGUUCACAGUUUGAGGUCGCGUGAAUGUUUUGAACCAGAGAAGAAUGAGUUUACACUGACAUCUAGUGGCCGGAAGUGGACAAACACCUUCCUCUAGACCUGAGGGAUUUGUCUGGUGUUGAAGAAGAGAAAGGAGAAACAAAAAGUGGCUUUGUGAUUACGUUUUUAGUGUCUACUUUACAAGAGCUGAGGUUUGACUUUAAAUGUGGUUGAUUUUAAAUGUGUUUUACAGUUAUUGAUGAAAGCAGAUGAGUUUUUAUAAUCCUGCUGUGUUGAAUCACGUGAUGAAGUUGAGUUUAAAAACCCAUAGUUGAAUAACUUUCUAUACAUGAUACUAGAGUUUUUACACAUGUUUAUAUUUGCUGAGAAGUGUGUUUGCACAAGAUUACGCUGAUAGACUUUAACAUAACAUAAUGAAAUCCUACCUACCACACUACAGUGGUUUAGAAGAUGUGAUGCUCUUUGCUUUUCAAUCACAAUGUGUUUUGUCUUUUACUUGAACUGAAAGUAUUUGAAGUGUUGGGAAUGUGGCAAAAAUAUGUAUGUUUGGAGUGUAAAAUGUCUUUUAAGCAAUAUGUUUUUCUUCUGCAGUCAGCACGUGCUAGAAACCCCCACUACCAUUAAUCUUAUUGCUUAAUUACAUUGGUUCUCAAAGUCUAAAAAAUAGGAUUUUGUAGAAAUAUUAUUUCAGAAAGACUGAGUGGAGUUGAACCAUACAGAACAUUACUUUUGAUUCCAGUCAAGUUGCGUGACUAGAAAAAUACCAACUCUGUCAGACUUUUAGUGAUUUCUUGAUGUGAAUCAAUGACUAUUUGACUCAAUAUUUUGGUAAUAUUUGUUGUUGCCCCCCUGAAGACGUGUUAACCCUACAAAGGUUUGUUUCAGAAAGUAGGAUUGUCGAGUUGGACAGACAACUGAAAAUCGUAUUACGGGUUUGCUUCUGAAGUACCUUUUGUUAUUAUCUUCAGACGAUUCCUAAACAUUCAAAUGUACGUCAAUGCUCUUAAUCCUGCUUUUUGAAACGUUGUCCAGAAGGUGUCCUGUUCAGCCCAGACCUGGUGUGUUAUUUGGACUUGUGUUGUUGUUGCAGUGUGUACUGACCCCAGCUGGCUGUAUCAGCUUUCAGCAUGCGCCUUAUUUUAGCCACCACACUAAUCACGGCUUAACGUUAGGAACUACGGGCCAAGCUCAAUUUGAAAAUGUCUUUGUCCUCCCUCCGAUCCGGGAAUAACUGAGUUGGAUUAGUUACAUCUGUGUUGUUAAAAAUAACAAACCCAGCUUCUGUGAACAGAGGACAGUGAUUAAGAGAGAUUGAAAAAGGGUAUGUGAGGCAAUUUAGACAGUAAACUCUUAAAAAGACAAUCAGUGUCGUAUAUUUACAUGACAUAACCGAUGCAGUUCUGUGGAGUUACAGCAUGGAGUCAACUGACAUUUUUUUAAGUGGGCAACAAUAUUGUUGAUCAAAGAUCCAAGUCAUGGAUCUUUGCAUGUAUGCAGAUUCAGGAACAAUAUUUGUGAUUGUUUUGCAUAUCUGCUCUGCAUUGACCUUUGACCUCUUGCUUUUAUGUAACAGCCGAAUAACAGUUUUGAUGUAACGUUUGUCAUAGCAACUGUGUUUUUUAAGGGACAAGCCUGAUCAUUCCAGUCCCAAGAUUUUUAAACAUUUUUCUAUUCAGAUUUCUCCCACAAUCUAGUUUUAGUAAACGUUUUUAACAGCAAAUUACAAACUUAUGAACAAACAGCUCUCCGAGCAAGGAAUGAAGAUUACAUCUGUUUUACUUGUGUUUUGUACCUGAGAUGUUUUUAUCACACCCGCACUUUGAUCCUUGAAGUCUUUUAUCUUUGUGAGACCUUUUUUUUUCAUAAAUCAGUAAAAACAAAA